AUGGAGUUCUGUGGAGGAGGCUCUCUGCAAGACAUUUACCAGGGUCAGUGUCCACACAGUCCACAUGACCCCCCUCCCUCGGUGUCCCCCCCCCCCCUCGGUGUCCCUCCCUCAGUGUCCCCUUCCUCAGUGUCCCCUCCCUCAGUGUCCCCUCCCUCAGUGUCCCUCCCUCAGUGUCCCCUCCCUCAGUGCCCCCCCCCCCCCGCAGUGUCCCCUCCCUCAGUGCCCCCCCCCCCUCAGUGUCCCUCCCUCAUCGUCCCCUCCCUCAGUGUCCCUCCCUCAGUGUCCCCUCCCUCAGUAUCCCCCCCUCAGUGUCCCCUCCCUCAGUGCCCCCCCCCCCCCCUCAGUGUCCCCUCCCUCAGUGUCCCUUCCCUCAGUAUCCCUCCCUCAGUGUCCCCUCCCUCAGUGUCCCCUCCCUCAGUGUCACCCCCCGAGUGUCCCCUCCCUCAGUAUCCCCCCCUCAGUGUCUCCUUCCUCAGUGUCCCCUCCCUCAGUGUCCCCUCCCUCAGUGUCCCCUCCCUCAGUAUCCCCCCCUCAGUGUCCCUCCCUCAGUGUCCCCUCCCUCAGUGUCCCCUCCCUCAGUGCCCCCCCCUCAGUGCCCCCCCUCAGUGUCCCCUCCCUCAGUGUCCCCUCCUCAGUGUCCCCUCCCUCUGUGUCCCUCCUACAGUGUCCCCUCCCUCAGUGUCCCCUCCCUCAGUGUCCCUCCCUCAGUAUCCCUCCCUCAGUGUCCCCUCCCUCAGUGUCCCUCCCUCAGUGUCCCCUCCCUCAGUGUCCCCUCCCUCAGUGCCCCCCCCCCUCAGUGCCCCCCCCUCAGUGCCCCCCCCUCAGUGCCCCCCCCUCAGUGUCCCCUCCCUCAGUGUCCCUCCCUCAGUGCCCCCCCCCCCUCAGUGCCCCCCCCUCAGUGUCCCCUCCCCCCCCUCAGUGCCCCCCCCUCAGUGCCCCCCCCUCAGUGUCCCCUCCCUCAGUGUCCCUCCCUCAGUGUCCCCUCCCUCAGUGUCCCUCCCUCAGUAUCCCUCCCUCAGUGUCCCCUCCCUCAGUGUCCCCUCCCUCAGUGUCCCUCCCUCAGUGUCCCCUCCCUCAGUGUCCCCUCCCUCAGUGUCCCCUCCCUCAGUAUCCCUCCCUCAGUAUCCCUCCCUCAGUGUCCCCUCCCUCAGUGUCCCCUCCCUCAGUGUCCCUCCCUCAGUGUCCCCUCCCUCAGUGUCCCCUCCCUCAGUGUCCCCUCCCUCAGUGUCCCUCCCUCAGUGUCCCCUCCCUCAGUGUCCCUCCCUCAGUAUCCCUCCCUCAGUGUCCCCUCCCUCAGUGUCCCCUCCCUCAGUGUCCCUCCCUCAGUGUCCCCUCCCUCAGUGUCCCCUCCCUCAGUGCCCCCCCCUCAGUGCCCCCCCCUCAGUGUCCCAUCCCUCAAUGUCCCCUCCCUCAGUAUCCCUCCCUCAGUGCCCCCCCCCUCAGUGCCCCCCCCUCAGUGUCCCAUCCCUCAGUGUCCCCUCCCUCAGUGUCCCCUCCCUCAGUGUCCCUCCCUCAGUGUCCCCUCCCUCAGUGUCCCUCCCUCAGUAUCCCUCCCUCAGUGUCCCCUCCCUCAGUGUCCCCUCCCUCAGUAUCCCUCCCUCAGUGCCCCCCCCCCCUCAGUGCCCCCCCCCUCAGUGUCCCCUCCCUCAGUGUCCCUCCCUCAGUGUCCCCUCCCUCAGUGUCCCCUCCCUCAGUAUCCCUCCCUCAGUGUCCCCUCCCUCAGUGUCCCCUCCCUCAGUGACCCCUCCCUCAGUGUCCCUCCCUCAUGUCCCCUCCCUCAGUGUCCCAUCCCUCAGUGUCCCCCCUCAGGUCCCUCCAGUGUCCCCUCCCUCAGUGUCCCCUCCCUCAGUGUCCCCUCCCUCAGUAUCCCCUCCCCUCAGUGUCCCUCCCUCAGUGUCCCCUCCCUCAGUGUCCCUCCCUCAGUAUCCCUCCCUCAGUGUCCCCUCCCUCAGUGUCCCCUCCCUCAGUAUCCCUCCCUCAGUGUCCCCUCCCUCAGUGACCCCUCCCUCAGUGUCCCUCCCUCAGUAUCCCUCCCUCAGUGUCCCCUCCCUCAGUGUCCCCUCCCUCAAUGUCCCCUCCCUCAGUGUCCCCUCCCUCAGUGUCCCUCCCUCAGUGUCCCCUCCCUCAGUAUCCCUCCCUCAGUGUCCCUCCCCUCAGUGUCCCCUCCCUCAGUGUCCCCUCCCUCAGUGUCCCUCCCUCAGUAUCCCUCCCUCAGUGUCCCCUCCCUCAGUGUCCCCUCCCUCAGUAUCCCUCCCUCAGUGCCCCCCCUCCCUCAGUGCCCCCCCCUCAGUGUCCCCUCCCUCAGUGUCCCUCCCUCAGUGUCCCCUCCUUCAGUGUCCCUCCCUCAGUGUCCCCUCCCUCAGUGUCCCCUCCCUCAGUAUCCCUCCCUCAGUGUCCCCUCCCUCAGUGUCCCUCCCUCAGUGUCCCCUCCCUCAGUGUCCCUCCCUCAGUGUCCCCUCCCUCAGUGUCCCUCCCUCAGUAUCCCUCCCUCAGUGUCCCCUCCCUCAGUGUCCCCUCCCUCAGUGUCCCUCCCUCAGUAUCCCUCCCUCAGUGUCCCCUCCCUCAGUGUCCCCUCCCUCAGUGUCCCCUCCCUCAGUAUCCCUCCCUCAGUGUCCCCUCCCUCAGUGUCCCCUCCCUCAGUGUCCCUCCCUCAGUAUCCCUCCCUCAGUGUCCCCUCCCUCAGUGUCCCCUCCCUCAGUGUCCCUCCCUCAGUAUCCCUCCCUCAGUGUCCCCUCCCUCAGUGUCCCCUCCCUCAGUGUCCCCUCCCUCAGUGUCCCCUCCCUCAGUGUCCCCUCCCUCAGUAUCCCUCCCUCAGUGUCCCCUCCCUCAGUGUCCCCUCCCUCAGUGUCCCUCCCUCAGUAUCCCUCCCUCAGUGUCCCCUCCCUCAGUGUCCCCUCCCUCAGUAUCCCUCCCUCAGUGUCCCCUCCCUCAGUGUCCCCUCCCUCAGUAUCCCUCCCUCAGGUCCCCUCCCUCAGUGUCCCCUCCCUCAGUAUCCCUCCCUCAGUGUCCCCUCCCUCAGUGUCCCCUCCCUCAGUGUCCCCUCCCUCAGUGUCCCCUCCCUCAGUAUCCCUCCCUCAGUGUCCCCUCCCUCAGUGUCCCCUCCCUCAGUAUCCCUCCCUCAGUGUCCCCUCCCUCAGUGUCCCCUCCCUCAGUAUCCCUCCCUCAGUGUCCCCUCCCUCAGUGUCCCUCCCUCAGUGUCCCCUCCCUCAGUGUCCCCUCCCUCAGUAUCCCUCCCUCAGUGUCCCCUCCCUCAGUGUCCCCUCCCUCAGUAUCCCCUCCCUCAGUGUCCCUCCCUCAGUGUCCCUCCCUCAGUGUCCCCUCCCUCAGUGUCCCCUCCCUCAGUAUCCCUCCCUCAGUGUCCCCUCCCUCAGUGUCCCCUCCCUCAGUAUCCCUCCCUCAGUGUCCCCUCCCUCAGUGUCCUCUCCCUCAGUGUCCCCUCCCUCAGUAUCCCUCCCUCAGUGUCCCCUCCCUCAGUGUCCCCUCCCUCAGUGUCCCCUCCCUCAGUAUCCCUCCCUCAGUGUCCCCUCCCUCAGUGUCCCCUCCCUCAGUGUCCCCUCCCUCAGUAUCCCUCCCUCAGUGUCCCCUCCCUCAGUGUCCCCUCCCUCAGUGUCCCCUCCCUCAGUGUCCCCUCCCUCAGUAUCCCUCCCUCAGUGUCCCCUCCCUCAGUAUCCCUCCCUCAGUGUCCCCUCCCUCAGAUGCAGACUGACUGGAGCCCUGUUGGAGCUACAGAUCGCCUUCAUCUGCAGAGAGAUGCUUCAGGGCCUGGUCUACCUUCACGCCCAGAAGAAGAUGCACAGAGACAUAAAGGGGGCCAACGUGCUGCUCAACGACAGGGGCCACGUCAAACUGGCGGACUUUGGCAUCUCGGCUCAGAUCACCGCCACUCUGGCUCGCCGCAUGUCCUUCAUCGGGACGCCAUAUUGGAUGGCUCCGGAGGUGGCUGCCGUGGAGAUCAAAGGAGGCUACAAUGAACUAUGUGACGUCUGGUCUCUGGGCAUCACUGCUAUCGAGAUGGCUGAGCUGCAGCCCCCUCUGUUCGACCUGCACCCUCUCAGGGUCUUGUUCCUCAUGUCCAAGAGCGGGUACCAGCCUCCGAAACUCAAGGACAAAUCCAAAUGGUCCUCCACCUUCUACAGUUUUGUGAAGGCCAUGUUGGUAAAGAAGGCCAGCAGGAGACCCAGUGCUUCCAAGAUGCUUACGAACCCGUUUGUGACUCAGUCUGGUCUGAGCCAGGAGCUAACCCUGGAUCUGCUGGAUCAGUUCCAGAACCCGGAAAAGCUGCGGUCCUGCCCGGCAAUCGACGACGAGGAUCUGGAGGUGGCCCCUGUUUCUCUGAGCAGGAUCCAGUCAAUGCACAGACACAGACCCGCCGAGCGCAGCAGCUCUCAUCCUUUUGUGUGUCCUUCAACCGGCCGCACCUCCAUCAAGAGAGGAUCAGACACGGUGCGCCCGCUGGUGCUGAGCCGCUUUGGCCCGAGCUCUGAAAGGAGCACACACUCGGACUCAGAAGACGACUACGAUGACGUGGAUGUACCGACCUUACAACCGAUCCCAAAACCACAGGACCAGCUCCAGACGUGUCCAUAUCCAGCCCCCACCUGCAGACCCCCGCUGCCUCCCAGGGGAAAACUGAGCAGUAGCUCUGACGACAGUCUGACAGAGGAGCCCAGGCCAGCUCCUGCCCCAGCUCUUGCCCCAGGUCCUGCCCCAGCUCCUGCCCCAGGUCCUGCCCCAGGUCCUGCCCCAGGUCCUGCCCCAGCUCUUGCCCCAGGUCCUGCCCCAGCUCCUGCCCCAGGUCCUGCCCCAGGUCCUGCCCCAGCUCCUGCCCCAGCUCCUGCCCCAGCUCCUGCCCCAGCUCCUGCCUCAGCUCCUGCCCCAGCUCCUGCCCCAGCUCCUGCCCCAGUCUGCGGUCUCAAACCCCCCGUCCCGCUCCCACGCACCAGCUUCCGCUCAGCCGGGUCUCCAGCAGCUCCUCGACCUCCGGACCUGCCUCCUAAAGGACGCCGGAAACAGCGCUCCGCAAAGGACGGCGUGGAGUGUGACAGCCCUGUCCUGAAGACCCGACCAAUUCACUUUAAGAAGGUCUUCCAUGGCUGUCCUCUGAAGAUCCACUGCUCCAGCUCAUGGGAACAUCCAAACUCCAAAGACCAACACCUGAUCCUUGGAGCUGAGGAAGGAAUCUACACAAUGAAGCUGAACAGUACUGAGGCCACUAUGGAGCUGUUGUUUCCAGGGAGGUGCUCCUGGGUUUAUCACAUCAACAACGUCCUCAUCUCAGUCUCUGGAAAGUCGUCUCAGCUGCACACUCAUUUUCUCAAAGAACUGUUUGAUCAGAGUCGCCGCGACCUGCGCCUCCCAACACACCGCCUGCUGCCCAAGAGACCUGCAGUGACCACUAAAAUCCCUGACACCAAAGGAUGCCAGACGUGCUGUGCAGGCAGCCUGCAGGGCAGUGUGUUCCUGUGUUGUGCGCUGGACAGCAGUGUGGUGCUGCUGCAGUGGUACGAGCCCCUGAGGAAGUUCAUGCUCAUCAAGGUCAGUCCUGUUUACAGAGAGACGGGUGUUCAGACCGAGGGUGAGACAGGUGUUCAGACCGAGGGUGAGACAGGUGUUCAGACCGGGGAGGAGACAGGUGUUCAGGCCGAGGGAGAGAUAGGUGUUCAGGCCGAGGGGGAGACGAGGGGGAGACGGGUGUUCAGACCGAGGAGGAGACGAGGGGGAGACGGGUGUUCAUACCGAGGAGGAGAUGGGUGUUCAGACCGAGGGGGAGACGAGGGGGAGACGGGUGUUCAGACCGAGGAGGAGACGAGGGGGAGACGGGUGUUCAUACCGAGGAGGAGAUAG